ACAAGCCAAAAAAGAAAAAGAAAAAAAAAAGAGCGCGGCUCUCCCUUUUCCUCUCCUCCUCAAAGCUUCCUCCAUCGCUCUACUAUGGCGGACUAGUUACUCCUUGCUUCCUGUUUAUCUACGGCGGACCAUCCAUCGCCAUCCUCCUCCUGUCGAUUUGCACCAGCUCCUGUGCUUUUCGCGUUUCCAAGCUCUCAAUUCCACCUCCUGUCUUUUUUCAAAUUCAAGUUAGCAUAGAAUUAUUCAACUAGAAACUUCGCGUCUAACUGUGCUUUCACGGUCGAAGUUCUACGGUCCAGGAAAAGUAAGUAACCGUUGAGGUUGCUGGUUCGGCUUUGGUCAAAACUGUUUGCUUUCUCCUUUGCUCGGUUAUCGAGUAGUGCGUCUCUGCUGCUAUUGUGAGAACUGACUAGCACUACGCCGGUAAGCUAAUGGUGAGGCUGAGGAGUAGGAACGAUCGUUGGGGGUAAAAACACGACAACUGUAAGUUUGUGUUGAGGUGGAGAAGGUUUUGGAGUUUGUAAGCUACUGGAAUUUACUGAGAACGAUUUCUUCAGGGACUGAAGAAUUAGGGUUUCGGGAGGUUUGCUAGUUUAUCAUUUUGAGGCUGUAUUGGUUAAUUAUGGAUAUUGAUACAGUAGGAGGAAAUGAUGUUGUUAGCUAUUUGGACCCUGAACUUUUGCAUCUUCCCGAGGUUUCUUCAUUUGAGCUCAAGCCGACUACUCAAAUCGCUGAGGAAUUGUUCUCUCAAUGGCUCUCUCAACCUGACACUAGCCGAUUGGUAAAAUCGUUGAUUAGGGAUGCAAAGGCUGGCCUUCCGAUCAAUGCUCACGGGAUCUCUUCUAGUGCUGGUGCUGGAGGAGGUAGCAAUUCGCUGACUAAUGUCAGUCCUCCUCCACUUUCGCCAAGGAGUUCGUGUGUUUCUCCACGCACUUCAAAGCAGAAAAUAAGCCCUUUCUCUCUCGCGUCUACCCGGAAGUUGGCUACUGAACCGGCCCAAGAAGCUAUACCUCAGUUUUAUUUCCAACAUGGUCGUCCACCAGCAAAUGAACUCAAGGAACAGUGUCUUUCUAGAAUCAAUCUACUUUUCAACAAUAAUCUCGAUGGGCUGCACAUAGAUGAAUUCAAACUUGUUACAAGGGAAGUUUGCAAGCUUCCAUCCUUCUUUUCAUCUGCACUUUUCAGGAGGAUAGAUGUUGAAUGCUAUGGGAUAGUCACAAGUCCAAUGCAUGUCUCUGUUAGGACCUUAGUUCCUAUGUCAUUUUGUUUCUACAGGGAUGCAUUUCUAAAAUAUUGGGCGGAGAGCAGUAUGUUGACAAUGGAUAUGGCUACACAAGUCUUUGAGAUUUUAAAGCAGCCUAACCGACGCUACCUAACUAAGGCUGACUUCAAACCUGUUCUUGAAGAAUUGCUAGCGACCCACCCAGGGUUGGAGUUCUUACAAGGGACUCCUGAGUUUCAAGAGAAAUAUGCUGAAACUGUCAUAUACAGAAUAUUUUACUACAUCAAUAGAUCUGGAAAUGGCCGCCUAACCCUAAGGGAGUUGAAACGUAGCAAUCUCAUCUUUGUCAUGCAACAAGUGGAUGAAGAAGAAGAAAUUAACAAAAUAUUAAGGUACUUCUCUUAUGAGCAUUUCUACGUCAUAUAUUGCAAAUUUUGGGAGCUGGAUACAGACCAUGAUUACUUGCUGGACCGAGAGAAUCUUAUCAGAUAUGGUAAUCAUUGUCUUACGUACAGGAUUGUUGAUAGAAUAUUUUCACAGGUACCAAAGAAGUUUUCAAGCAAUGUGGAAGGAAAGAUGAGCUAUGAAGAUUUUGUUUAUUUCAUACUGGCAGAGGAGGAUAAAUCAUCUGAACCUAGUCUUGAAUAUUGGUUCAAAUGCAUUGAUUUGGAUGGGAAUGGAGUCCUGACUUCCAGUGAGUUGCAAUACUUCUAUGAGGAGCAGCUGCAUCGAAUGAGUUGCAUGUCCCAGGAACCUGUGCUUUUUGAGGAUAUAUUGUGUCAAAUAGUUGACAUGAUUUCACCUGAGAGGGAAGGUUAUAUCACGCUGCACGACUUGAAAAGAAGCAAACUGUCGGGAAAUAUCUUCAACAUUCUUUUCAAUCUCAACAAAUUCAUGGCCUUUGAAAGCCGUGACCCAUUUCUCAUUCACCAGGAACGCGAGGAUCCAACUUUAACAGAAUGGGAUCGGUUUGCACAUAGAGAAUAUGUCAGACUUUCAAUGGAGGAGGACUCCGAGGCUGCCUCAAACGGAAAUGUAGAGUCCUGGGAAGAAUCUCUCGAGGCUCCGUUCUAACACCUGAGGCCAGUUCGGUUUCUCAGAUGUAAUUCUCCAACACAAAGAAAUGAAAGGCAAGCGCUACACCAUCACCUGUGGCUUUCCCAGUUCCAACCUUGAAUGUGCAAGUUACUUUAGUACGUGCAUACCGUGGUGAGCGAGUAGGAAGAGGUCAGGUGGUAUCUUUGGGGGAGCCUUGGUGCUUAAUCAAUAGUUCAAUACAAACUCGAGGCCUCUGAUAUACGUAGAGUCGAACUUGGUUUGCGCCUCUGAAGUGAGAACUCCUGCCAUUUCCAGUCAACUACUGUACCUCAUUCAGGCGCCACAUUUUUGUUUCCAACCCCUUGGUUUCCCCCCUUUUCCCAUUCUAAUUAUGGUUAGGUGACUGUUUAUUCUCUUAUUCCUGAAGUUCUGGAGACUUAUUACAAUAAUUAGGACUUAUGGUCUCCCCUCAGCCUUCCAAUCUUGUUCAGUUUUGGUUCCUUUGUCAAAGACUGCCAAACCGGCCUUUGUACAUCAGUCGUUCUCUUUAGUUGAGUGUUGGAAACUGGUUUUCACUUGUCUAUGUAACGGCUUUGAGAACGGAAAAUAUUAGUAAUGUAUUUUAUGCUGAAAUUGUGAUUUAAUGAUAAUAUAAUCACAGAAUACGUGCUAAAUACUGCCUACCGAUUGUCGGUUUUAGCCUCCACUGAGAUUUUGCAAAACGAACUAUCGGAACGGUACAAUUUUUCAAUCAUCGGAAAAAACACCCUACUGUGAGGAUUACGUAAUG